AUGACCAACCCCCGCGGGCGGCCUAGGGGCAGGCCGAAAGGCAGCACCAACAAGAAGGCCGCGACCGCCGCGGGCAAGGCGAAGCACCAGCACCAGCACCACCACUUGUCGCCAUCCGUGCAGGCGCAGGAGAGGCUGGCUGACUUCGUGGACCUCGCGGUCGUCCCGAGAGAGGCUGCCAAGAAGGCCACGUCCAGGUUGAACGGGAGCACGCCCUCCCGUGCCGCGACUGCUCCUUCCUUCAACGGCAAGAAGGGCAGGGGAAGGCCUCGCUCCAUCUUCCCCCCCCCCGACAACAAGGCGGACGGUGGCGGUGGCGGCAGCAGUAGCAGUAGCUCCAAGAAGCGUAAGGUUCGCGAGGCGGACGAGAGCAGCGAGGAGACAUCUGCUUCCGGCGACAGCAAGAAGUCUCACAAGAAGGCGGCCAAGAACAAGCAUGGGUCGAGCCCUAUCCGAGGCGGCACUGGCUCGUACCCAAAGAGGAUAAGGAAUGCCCCGGACGUCUUCAAGGCCGGGCCGUCGACCAAACCGAUGUCGCCUUCCAAGCCCACGACGACGACUCCCGCUGGCGGGAAGUCCACCAGCAAGAAAAAGGGCGCCGCAGCCGCAGCAGCGUUGCCAAAGUCUCAGGCCAAGUCGCCGGCCUCCAAGAAGAAACCGGCCAAGUCCGCCCCGCCGCCCCGGCCGCCGCCGCCCCCCCCGCCGUACCGAUUCGACUACAAGGGCUGGCCAGCGAUCGGCGGGAGAGAGCUUCUCGCCGCGGGGAUGUUCCUCUACGUUUCUGCGCCCAUGAUGAAAUUCGGACGUGGGUUCGAGGUUAAGAUGCAGGCAUUGGAGGAGGCCCUCUCGUCCGACAGGCCGGAAGAGAACGAGCUACUGUCUCUGGUGCUCUCGCGCCUUCUCUGCACCGGCCGCGAGCUCAAGGCGCUCAAGCCAGGAGAGCUGAAGUACCCGUACAGCUGGUGGGCGGAGCGGCUGCAGAAGAAGCUGGCUGACUGGUACCGUCGACGCGCGGUCCUGCGCGAGCUUAUCUUCGAGGCGGAGAGGUCCGACGAUGAGGGGGAUGUGUUAUCUGCGGGGGCGGGGGGCUCGGCGGCUGGGAAAAAAGGGCCGAAGAAGGCGGCCGUGACCGUGACCGAGGGUCUGGGGGAGGCGGUAGGAGGAGGAGGUGAUGGCGGCGGCGGGCCCACUGCCGCAUCCGGCGGUUUGCAGCAGGCGGCAGGCGGUGGUGGUGCCGCAGGUGGAGGGAGAGAGGCGGGAGGCGGGUUGCCGAAGGGAAGGAGCGUGAAUGCGAUGGACGUGGAGGGGGCUGUUGGAGCGGCGGAAAGUACGGAGGCGGGGGCUGCCGUCGGGAGCGAAACGGAGGUCAAGGCUAACGGCAGCGGUGCGGGGAUGCGGAGGGAUGAUGAUGAUGAUGCCGAUUUCGACGGACGCAAGCAGCGGGAUGCGGGAGGUGGGGUGGAGGAGACGAACGGCAGAGAAGAAUUAUCGUCGAGGGCGGUGAUGGCGACAAAGGCGGCGGCGGCGAGAGGAGUGCGGGGGGAGACUAGUACGCCCAAGGAGGAACCUGCUGAGAUUUCGAAGGUUCUAAGGGGGUUGGUCAGAGGAGAGGUGACUCCCUCUUAA